AUGUCGUCAAGCAUGAUGAGUCUUCCAAUAGGAAGGCCACCUCAAGAUACUUCUGGUCCAGAAAAAUCUGCCGUACGCAAGGCUGCCUCUUCGAUGCUUUCUUUUUUGCUUGCAAGUCCACCAUAUCUGCCCAACGAUAUCAAAUCAAAAGAUGUAAAUCGUCGUCACAAUCUGCUUUCAUUGUAUGCGGAUGAUCCAGAAGACUAUCUGGUAACAGAUUGUUAUCCAUCACCCAAAGGACAUACGCCAUCAAGAGCAAUUGAACUGUUACAUCAACUAAGAGAAAAGGUGGAACAAAUGGGUUCUUCGCAUUAUACAGACGAAUCAAGUCCGUUGUUGACAAAUGUACGUUUUCGAACUCCCGAAUCUGAAUGCAUCUUGGCAGCAAUUGAUCUGGGUGAAGAAAAGGAAGAGACACUUUUGACUUUGAUCAUGCGUUUGGAGGGAGACCAAGAGGAUUCAAAAGAUUACAAGUUUGACAAUCUUUUACCUUCCGAUGUCGUUCCUGAAGGCUGGCAUGAAAGUAUUCAAAAAGCACAAGAAUACCUUGAAAAAGGCAAAAAGAAUCAUCUGGAAGUGCAGAAAGCUAGAUCAUACAGCAUUGUCACUACUACAAGCACAAUCGGAACCGUUGAUUCUGCUUAUUCGACUGCUUCUGCCGGUCAUCGUUCUGAAGGCGAUGAGGAUACUUCUGAACGUGAUGAAUCACUCGACAAUGAUGUCUCAUUUGAUGAUAAUUUUGUAAGGAAGGGCUUACCUCAAACCGGAAUCAACAGUGAUAUCCACUCUCCUGGCACCCAUGACAAAGAGGCGAUCAGGCCGUGGCCACAAAAAACAGAUACGGAAAACGAAAAAGGUCCUGCUGAGUACUACACCGAUCCUAAAGACUUCUGGGCGGGCACUGGAGAUGAUAACGAGGAUCAAGACGGAGAUGGAGAUAAUGACGAUUCUGAACAUGAAGAAUCGGAAGAGGAUCGUCAACGUCGUGAACAAGAAGAGGAAGAACGCUAUUGGGCCCGGUACGAUAAUCAAGAUUCUGGACAAAAUAAUCAGACGGGUAAUUCAAACCAUCAUGAUGAAGAACAACAAAAAGCAGAUAUGCUGGCCGGUCUAGUUCAGAACUUUGACGACUUUGGUCUGAAAACCCGUAAUGCUGAUGGAUUUGAGCGCUCACAAGAGGAAGAAGAAGAAAAUCAUGAACAAUCCGAACAACGACAAUCGAUUGAUUCAGACCAAAAUGCAAUGUUGAUCAAUAGCACUGAUACACGAUACGGUGAAGAUUUGGAUGAAGAACGUCCGAUCAGACCUAAGUUCAACAAGAGCAAUAGCUUUGUUGCCAGUCAAUUAGAAGGCAGUGAUCAGGGUCAAUGGAACGAGGAAGAAGAACUUCAAUCAGACCAAUCAGAAAGAGGUUCGAACAAUGAUCAUGAUACGGUGACUGGACAUCGAGGAAGAAAUCGAAGCAAUCCAUCACAAUUUGAUGAAGCUGGCGGCGAACAAGAAAUCAACCAAGAAGACGCUUUGAUGCAUAUGCAUGGCGGUCAACAUUCUGAGAUGGAGAUGGAGCCUGAAUUCAUGGACGAAGGCGAUCCGCAAGAAAUGGAUGAUAGCAUUCAACCUUUAGGGGGUUAUCGUGACCGUAACAGUAAUAUCUUCUCUCCGCCUUCACCUUCAUUGCAUCCUAGUGAUACAUUUUUGGCAGAUAAUGCUUCAGAUGCUUCAAUGAGCGUGAUGAGAAGUACGAUUCAAGAAAGACAAAAGCCAAGAAGUUCGAUGUUGUUCCAAUUAAGAUCAUCCAAGAAUAACAAUAUGGGAGGAGGUAAUAAGAGAAACGGCAAAGAAUCGACAGCUAUGAGAAUCGAAAAGAUGCGAAAUUAUCGACCAACACGGGAAGCCACAAUCACAACACAACAAGCCCACAAUGAAUCCGUUCGAAUCGGUCAACGACAAAGAGAUUAUGCCGUUCGAAUUAAGAAACGUAAUGAAUCAAUCAAAAUGAUCAUCAAAGGAGCAUGGAAGUUAAUGGACGAUCGAUCUUCCGGUAAUAAUUCCGAUGAUUCAAACGGUGAUGUUGGAUUGGAAAUGAUGAACGAGAAUGAUUUCUUACGUUUAGCACGUGAAGCCGUACGUGAAUGUGUUGAAGAGCGACGAGGUUAA